AUGAGCGCAGGCGGUGGAGUGGGGGUAUUACCGCCGAAACUGAUACGCUUUGUGAAUAAUGAUGGUCAGCGUGCCAAGAGGCGGAGAGUGAAUGCUGCAUGUCGUACCUGUAGGAAACGGAAGACGAGAUGUGAUGGGAUACGACCGCUUUGUUCAACGUGUACGGAUAACGGGCAUGAAUGUAUGGGGUAUACGAAAUUGAUGGAAGGGGCUGCGAGCUCAAUAAAGGAUGUACGGAGUCCGGAUGAUGAUUUUACACCUACACAUUUGAGGAGACCUGCAGCUUCGAGAGAGAAUUCGAGAGAUAUGGUACCACAACAAUAUCAACAAUCGCCGAAUAUGCCACCGUCAAGGUCAAGAGUUGACGCAGAGCAACCUUAUAUGAGAGAUACGCCGAGGGUAGGAAAUGAGGAUACGGAGAAUAAUCGGCCUGGGAAUCGAACGGUUGAUUAUAAUGACGCAGCGGUAUUCUCAGACAAUGGUCCCAGUCUUCUAGAAAAGGGACUACCACUGCUCAGUGAAACCAAUGUCAACGAGAGUCAUCGAGUGCCAUACUUUAGAUAUUUUGGUCCCACGGCGAUUGUACCUGGAUUUAAACAAAUGGUUGUUUCUGUUCGGGAACCUAAGAGAAGUAUAGGUGUACCUUCUUCUUCCUCUUUGACAAUGUCGCCUGUCUCUGCAAAACAUUCGAGCGGUGGUUCAAUACAUGGAGGAACUCCAUCUCAAGCUGGUACUGAUUCAAGGUCUGCAAUCGACAUGCCACUCUACGAUCCUAGUGACUCAUUACCUGUCAAUAGACUGAUAAUCCAUCUCGUGGAAGUCUUCUUUGCUCAUUUGGGUUGCAAUUACCCAUUUCUGUCGAAAAGACAAGAAAACUUCAAACAUUUGGUGGAGGAGAAGAAAAUCGAGCCAAUUCUUGUUGAUGCCGUGUGUGCUUUAGCAGCUCGAUUUUCCGAUCAUCCUCUCCUUACCACUUCCCACGAAUCCCCACAUCCAAAAUCAGAAUACGGACAAGUCUUUGCUCAGCGAGCUAAGGCCGCUGUAGUAGAUACUUUUCCUUGUCCGUCAGUUGGAGCAGUACAGGCUUGUCUGUUACUUGCUUAUGAAAGUUUUGGGGCGAAUCAAGAUAGUGCAUUAUGGAUGUACCUUGGGAUUUCAAUCAGGAUGGCUGUUGACCUCGGUCUGCAGACAUUAGCUGGCGUUAAACAUCAAGGGCAGAAGGAUCCAGGAUAUCAUAGAUCAUUCACAAAUGAAGGGGAAUCCAGCGAACCAGCGAAUACUGUUACUGCGGAAGAAAAAAAUGAGAUUGAGGAAGAACGAAUAGAUACCCUUUGGGCAGUCCUGAUGCUCGACCGCGUCAUUUCUUCCGGAACCGGUAGACCAGUGAGUCUCAAUGUCGAAAUAACACUUCCUUCCGUCUCCAACAAUACCGAAGAGGCAUGGCCAGAUCCAUUCCCAGCACUCAUUAGAAUUAUACAUUUGUAUGGACGAGUUUCUGAUUUACUAAACCGCAUUAGAGGUGCGGAUGAUGUUACACAGGGAUUAAUACAACAACUAUCGGGAAUGGAAAAGGAUUUGACGAUACUUUAUCAGAGUUUGGAUGCGAGGUUGGGCUUUACGGCUAGUAAUUUUCAGCAUUAUGUUAAGAGUGGGGAGGGAACUAAUUUUAUUCUUCCAACCCUAAUGCAUUCAUUCGAAGGAGAAGUGUUACAAUUACUCCCACAUAGCCGCGAACUUAGCAUGUCAUCUGCUAAAACCAUUGCCGAUAUUCUUGCUUUUGCUGAUCUCAUCGACCCGAGAUCCUUUGUUGGAAAUCCAUUUACUUGUCAGCCGAUAUAUAUCGCUGGUUGUGCUUUCCUAAAAGAGAUUGCGUUGCAUACUUCCCAGCCAAGUUCUAGAGAUGUUAGUCCUCGACAAAGCCCGAGCGGUCCACCAGAUACAUUGAAACCAAGCGGCAAUCAAACUAAUCCCGGAUAUCAAAAACAAAAACAUUCAUUACUUGCUGCAGCUGCGAAUCAAAAUUAUCAACAAUGUCAUAAAGCGUUACGACAUUUAGAAUCAUUUUGGGCUGGUACACGAUAUAUUCGAGUGGCUUUGGAACAGAAGCAGAGUGGAAUAGAUCCACAAGAAGUCGAGACCUACACGGCGGAAGAAUACACCGAAGCUACUAAACCAAGGCAUGAAAUCAUACCCAAUUGGAGAAGAAAGUUCUCCGCAAACUCCCCGAGCCGAUUUCCGGAUUUCGUUCGUUCGCCAAUGAUGGAAGCACUACCUGGAUCUCCAGCCAUCGAUCCGGCACAAGCUAUUGGUUGGUCACUUACUGGAACGACGAAUUCCCCGAGCUCAAAUUUGACUUUCAUGUAUCAAAAUCAAAGCGCGGCGGAACAUCUGGAGGUGAAACCACAACCGAGGGAAUAUGGUCAGGGAAAUAUGAUUUAUGAUCCGAUUAGACAAAGUCUACCUGAGAAUAUGGCGGGAGGAACUGCAACUAGUGGAAGGUUCGAUCGUUAUCCGUCUCAUUUUGAUCAGAUGCCUCCUGUACCGAAGUUUUUGGGGGUAACAAACUCUGAUGCGGCGGCAACCGCUGAUGCGGAAAUGUUACUCGGAUUGGGUGGUAGUAAUUCCCCGUAUGCUACUCCGAGGGGUAGCUCUCUUCCGUCUUUCAAUCAACAUCCACCGAGUAAUCUUUCUCCGAGACCGGGUUCGGGCAGUACUCCCGGAGGUAGCGGUGGAUAUGAUUUCCAUCAUCACUCAACACCAGGACAAGCCCAAGGACAUAUUUAUAACAAUCAUGAUAACAAUAACGGUAAUGCCCUACACGGAAAUAAUAAUCACAUUAAUAGUCAAAGUGGAUACGCAAACAAUGUGAAUGUAAAUGGAUACAUGGGCAUGGGUCUAGGAACACAUAUGGGUGUGAGCGAUAUGAUGAUGGAAAGUCAGGAUAUUGAUAUGAGAGGGAUGAGCGAGGAUAUGAUGCCGUGGUUGGAGUAUAUGCCGCAGGAUAUGUGGUUGAGGUUUUAUGAUGGGGCAGGGGGUGGAAGUGGGGAUGGGGGGGCAGGAGGAGUGGAGGGAGAGGAGGAGAGGAGAGGAGAGGAGAGGAGAGGAGAGGAGAGGAGAGGAGAGGAGAGGAGAGGAGAAUUGGAGAGGUGGGCGGAGGGGUGGUAA